UCGUCUCCCCUGUUUCUCUCAUUGAAGCUCCACUUCCAGUCUCCAAACCCGUGCUGAUCUCCCUACUUGAAGGAGGGGAAGAGCCCUGGAUCCCAGAUGUGCGUAGCCCUGAGGCCGUGCCAGGAGACCUCAGCCCAGCAGGAACUGGGAUUACAGAUAUACUGGAGGACCUGCAGGAAAGUGGUGUGGCCGAAAGGCGGUGGGGUGUGGAAGAAAUCAGAAGGGAUGUCCAAGGAGGCCUGGAGCAAGGUCAGGGUGAGCACAUCAUGGAGCCACUGCGAAAGUUUCUGGGAAAGGCAGGAAGGAGCCCAUUGGGCUUCAACGUAGGUCAAAAGGAGCCUGAAGAACCCAGGCGCAAGGAUGUGUGCCAGAAGAAAAAGCAGAAUCCAUGCACUGAGUGUGGAAAUAGUUUUGAAAAAAAUUCCAGCGUCGUUAACCACGAGUGCAUACACUCAUCAGUGAGCCCAAACAAGUGCUCUGAUUGUGGGAAGAGCUUCAGAUGGAGAUCCCUCCUCACUGUCCACCAGCGCACCCACACAGGGGAGAGACCCUACAAGUGCUCUGAGUGUAGAAAGAGUUUCAAGAGCUGUUCUGCGUUGAAGCUGCACAAGCACAUCCACACAGGACAGCAACCAUUUCAGUGUCCUGAGUGCGGGAAGGGCUUCUCAAACCGUUCAGAUUUAAUGAAGCACCAGCGCAUCCAUACAGGUGAAAAACCCUACAAGUGCUCUGAGUGUGGGAAGAGCUUCAAGAGCUGUUCUGGAUUGAAGCUGCACAGGCACAUACACACAGGACAGCAACCAUUUCAGUGUCCUGAGUGUGGGAAGGGCUUCUCAAGCCCUUCAGAUUUAAUGAAGCACCAGCGCAUCCAUACAGGUGAAAAACCCUACAAGUGCUCUGAGUGUGGGAAGAGCUUCAUAUGCCGUUCUGGUUUAAACAGGCACCUGCGCAUCCACACAGGGGAGAGACCUUACAAAUGUCCUGAGUGUGAGAAGAGCUUCAGAAGCAGUUCUAAUUUGAAGUUGCACCAGCGCAUCCAUGCAGGUGAAAAACCCUACAAGUGCUCUGAGUGUGAGAAGAGCUUCAGAAGCAGUUCUAAUUUGAAGUUGCACCAGCGCAUCCAUGCAGGUGAAAAACCCUACAAGUGCUCUGAGUGUGGGAAGAGCUUCAAUAGGUUUUUUGAAUUGAAGGUGCACCAGCGCAUACACACAGGAGAGAAACCAUUUCAGUGUCCUGAGUGUGGGAAGAGCUUCAGAAACCGUUCUGAUUUAAAGAGGCACCAGCGUUACCACACAGGGAAGAAACCUUACAAAUGUCCUGAGUGUGGGAAGAGCUUCACAGUCAGUUCUGAUUUAAAGAAGCACCAGCGUGUCCACACACCUGAAAGACCGUACAAGUGCUCUGAGUGUGGGAAGAGCUUCAAGAGGUGUUGUGAAUUGAAGCUGCACAAGCUCAUACACACAAGAGAGAAACCAUUUCAGUGUCCUGAGUGUGGGAACGGCUUCAGAAACAGUUCUGAUUUAAAGAUGCACCACCACUUCCACACAGGGGAGAGACCCUACAAGUGCUCUGAGUGUUAGAAGAGCUUCAGAAGCAGUUCUGAAUUGAAGUCGCACCACCACACCCACACAAGUGAAAAACCCCACAAGUACUCUGAGUGUGGGAAGAGCUUCAUGAAAUGUUCUCACCUAAUUUGCUACCAGCGCAUUCACACAGGAGAGAGACCCUAUAAAUGUACUGAGUGUGGGAAGUGCUUCAAAAGCAGUUCUGAGUUGAAGCACCACAAGAGCAUUCACAGAGAGACCUUUUCAGUGUCCUGAGUUUUAAAAGAAGAGCUUUAAAGGAAGGUCUAAUCUCAACACCCACAGGCACAACCAGAGCACAUGCAGGCUGUAGAAGAAUCACAAGAUACGGGGAACCUUCAAAAGCAGUUCGAGCCUCAUUACCUACCAACACAGCCACACAAGAUACAGAGCCUGCAGAGCAUUGGAAGAACUUCAGCCACAGCAUGAUGACCACCUGUGGCUUUGUGUGGUGAUGAACCUUACAAAUCUCUUGAGUAGAGGAAGAGCUCAGCUGCCAAACUGAAUCCUCUUUCUCCUUCUUUGCAUGAGUAUUAUGCAUAUUGCUGCCCUUCAGUUGCUGUGUUGAGUGGCCAUGCAAAGGAGAAUCCAGAGUGGGAUGUGUCACAGCCACUGGAAACCCUCUGCCAGGUGGCACGUUUUUGCCAGGGCUGUGUGCAUGAGAGUCACCUCUUACCUCCCCUGCAGAAACUCCUGUGCUAUGGGGCAGCAGGUGAGGACCCAAAGGAAACCUCAGCUGGGCUGAUAUGUCACCAGGAAGGAAGAAAUCCUGUCUGCAGGCAGUGUGGGAAGAGCUUCAUCUGGAGCUCAACCCUCAGUAGACGCCAGAGAACCAACCCUCCUCUUGGGAGUCCCAGUGAGUGCCUUGACUGUAGGAAGAGGUCUGUGCAGGGCUGGGAGCUCAUCACACACCAGUGGAUCCAAUGAGGAGCCUGCAAGAAGAGCUUUGGAUACAGCUCGAACCUGCUGAGGUACCAGAGUGUCUGCACUUGGGUGGAGUCCAAUCCAUGCCUGCAGCAGUGAGUUCACGUGGCUGGAAGCCUUAGAAAUGCCUCGAGUGUGAGAAGGGCUUUGUGCAGAGUGCAGAGCUCCUCACACACAGGAGAUGGCACUCGUGGAAGAAGUGCUACAAAUGUCCUAUGUGUGGGAAGACCUUUUACCGGGGCACUUUCACUGAUGAGCUUUUCACUCUGGCAGAGACCCUAGAAAUGCCUGCACUGCAGGAAGAGCUUCAUUCAGAUCGCACUCAUCAUUAAACAUUGUCCAGUCUGUGUGAUAAAGAGGCCCUGCAAGUGUCUCUGGUGCAGGAAAUUUCUCUCUGGGCUGGCAACUCCUUUCUCAUGAGAAAACCCCCUACAGAGAGACCUUAAGAAUUUUGGUGAGCCCAAGGAUGAGGGAGGCCCAGAUGCUUUUCCCCACACAGGAGUUUGCAAAGGAACUGGCAUCACUGGCACCCCCUGCACAAUGAAUUUAACCCAGGAGCUUCAGAUGGCCUCUCCUUGCUACCCAAAUCCUGCUUUCCUCUUCUGUUCUUCCUGCCAGCAGCUUUUUGAUGCCGUUUCCUAAGGAGAGGCGUCUGUGUAGGGAUGUUCUGUGUGUCUGUGUGCAUGUGUUGCUCUCAGUACUUUGUGAGUGCUCUGAUGAAUCUGAGAGAAGGGUCAGGAGAGCAGUAACGUGGCUCUUGGAGGUUUUCUGAGAAUCAUCUGUAGAGGAAAGGGGAGGGGAUGAAUAAAGUAGCUGAGUUGUUCUGGAGCUUUCUUCUGUCUUGUUUGUUGUUCUUAAAAUAAAUGUCAGCACGUGGAAUGAGGAGAAGGAAAGGUGUAAGCACCUUUGGUGGUUUUUGUUGGUUUUGGUGCCUCCUCCAGUCCUCUGCUUGUCUUGGUGAGUUCUACCAGUAGUUGCAUCCACCCCACAGAAAGCUCUGCCCUCUGUGUCAUAGGUCACCUCUGCACUCAUGGAAUCAACACAGGCACAGACAGAGCUCCCAAGGGAACAACCAGCCCCCCAGGUGCCCAUGUGCAAGGCUGUUACAUGUUAUUGGUUUCUCACAUUGGCAUCCAAAGCAGGAGGCCCUGUGUGCUGCAGCAUCAUCAGCAUGAGUGAGAGGUGGUGGGAACGGUCCUGUGACGGGUGUGCUGUGUGUGAUGGAUGGCUCUGGGCUCUGCAGGCUGGAGAUGCAGGGCAGGUGAGAUGGGAUGGGGCUGCUGUAUGUACUUGUGGGCUGGAUGGAAUGGAGCUUAGAGUUAGUAAUGACAUGGUUGAAAGCCUCUGGGUAUGGAUUAAGGGUCAAGGAAAACUAAAGUGGACGUCACUGUGGGAGUCUACUAUAAGCCAUUCAGCCUGGAGUGUCAUACCAAUUAACUCUUUAAAGGAGUAUCUCAAGAUCAGCCUCUCUUGUCCUAAUGGGUCACUGGAUUCCCAGCAAUUUAGGGGUUGUAGCACACAGCCAAUGAGCUGCGUGGUUUUCACGGCCAACUGAUGUGAUUAUAUGUGACUGUUGAAGUCAUGUGGGAGAUACUCACACAUCCACCCAGGAGCAGGAGAGAAGGGUGAGGAGAGCAGUAACGUGGCUCUUGGGGGUUUUCUGAGAAUCAUCUGUAGUGGAAAGGGGAAGGGAUGAGUAAAGUAGCUGAGUUGUUCAGGAGCUUUCUUCACUGUCGUCUUUGGUUCUUAAAAUGUCAGCACGUGGAAUGAGGAGAGGGAAAGGUACACGGAGGGUUUGGUUUUGGUGCCUCCUCCAGCCCACUGCUUGCUUUUGGGAAGGCAUUUUCCAACCUGGAGGGAGAAAAACAGGCCUUCUAUUGGUGUCUAUUGGCCUAUUCUUUACAAGUCUUGUGUCUUUUCCUUCUUUUCCUUUCUGCUGUCACACUCGCCACCCGAAAGUCAGUGCACCCAUUUUUGCCUGUCAGGAAACUGCCUGUUUGCAGGGCAGUAUCUGUGUGCAUGCUUAUCUUUGCAGGUAUGAUCACAGAAUCACAGAACU